AUGCAAGUUGAACAAAUUAAUAAUUUAUCUUUAUCUGCACAAGUCAAACAAGAGCUGCCUUCACCAAAUACUACAUCAUCCUCUCAAAUAAAUAAACAUUCUAAUAUUUCAUUUCAUCCAAAUAAUUCUGCUUGG